GUGGCCGUGGUUCGCCUGUUGCUGGAUGCUCGUGCUGAUACGAACAAGGCCAAUAAGAACGGCGAAACGCCUUUGCUCGUGGCCUCUCUACAGAACUGUAUCCAGGUUGUGCGACUUCUGCUGGACGCAUCUGCGGACCACGAGCAGUCUGACUGUAACGGUGAUUGGUCCCUGCUCCUCGGGUCAGAAAGAGGCCACUCCGAUGUAGUCCAGAUGUUGCUGGAGGCGCGCGCCGACAAGGACCGAGCUGAUCAAGGUGGUGAGACGCCCCUGACAGUGGCCUCUGCGCACUGCCGGGCCAAUGUGGUUCGUCUCUUACUCGAGGCACGUGCGGACCAGGGGAAGUCAAAUCGCGAGGGAAAGACUGCUUGGCACCUCGCUUCCAUCCGGAACCACCGCGAAGUCUUGGCUUUGCUGAGUGAGGAGCCCUCUCCGAAGAGGCGCCGGGUCGAAGUGGCUCCAAAGCAGUGA